AUGGCCCCUCUUAAUAUGGGAGAGUUGCGGAGACUAUUUAAAGAAACCUCUGCUGACAUCAAGGCGCACACAGCGGCCGAGCUGGAGAAGCAAAUGGUGGGCCUGAAAGACGACAUAGAGGUCCUAACCUCCCGCACCGACCAGGCAGAAACGCACGUAUCAGGCCUAACGCAACAAACAAGGGCUCAAGCCCAAAACAUAUGCGCCAUGCAAGCCAGGGUACUACAACUAGAAGAUGGUCUGGAAGACCUGAAUAACCGGUCCCACAGACAUAACCUCAGAAUCCGGGGCCUACCUGAAACCAUUGCGCCUGACGCCAUUCUCCCUAAUAUCAAGGACAUUUUUCAGUAUGUCCUGCUAGAGGCCUCCGACCAGGAGCUCACAAUAGAAAGGGCACACCAAGCACUACGCCCUCCAACACCUAACCCUAAUGUCCCAAGGGAUGUUAUGGUAAAAAUUCUCCUUUUCCCUACAAAAGAGAAGCUCAUGAUGACAAUGCAAGACCAGCCUCCUACUUUCCAGGGCCAACCGCAACAUGCUUCCAGUACUUAG